AUGAGAGCAGGAGUUUGCACUGUGCAGCAAGCUUUAACUGCUGAGGCUGCAAACCUAGUGAAGCAAGCAGUUGGUCUUGCUAGACGUCGUGGUCAUGCCCAAGUCACGCCUCUCCAUGUGGCGAGUGCUAUGCUUGCCUCUUCUACAGGUCUGCUCCGAAGAGCUUGUCUUCAGUCUCACUCUCAUCCUCUCCAAUUUAGAGCUUUAGAGCUUUGCUUCAAUGUUGCACUUAAUCGCCUCCCUGCAUCCACUUCUAGCCCUCUCUUAGGCCCUCACUCCCAUCAUCCUUCCCUCUCCAACGCCUUGGUUGCCGCCUUCAAGCGUGCUCAGGCUCACCAACGCCGAGGCUCCAUUGAGAACCAACAGCAACCUAUUUUAGCUCUCAAAAUAGAGUUAGAACAUCUCAUAAUCUCCAUUUUAGAUGAUCCCAGUGUUAGUAGGGUCAUGAGAGAAGCUGGUUUCUCUAGCACCCAAGUUAAAAGCAAAGUGGAACAAACUGUGUCCUUGGAGAUUUGUUCUCAAAGUCCCUCUGUCUCCGCGAGUUGCCAGACUAAGGAAAGCGCCAAGCCCCAAGUUCUUGGUGCUAACGUGUCUCAUUCUAUGUCCUAUGGUCAGGUUGGGUUUGGGUUGUCAUUAAGCAAACCGCUAGAUCAAGUUAGGAAUGAAGACGUAACAAAUGUUUUGAACACAGUAGUGAACAAGAGGAGAAACACAGUGAUCAUAGGAGAGUGUGUAGGCAGUGCUGAGAGUGUAGUUAGAGGGGUAAUGGACAAGUUUGAGAAAGGGCAAGUCUCGGGGGAUUUAAGAUACAUGCAGUUUAUCAGUCUUCCACUUUUUUCAUUGAGAAAUCUUCCCAAAGAUGAAGUGGAGCAGAAGCUUGUAGAACUUAAGUGCCUUGUGAAGAGUUAUAUGGGUAGAGGGGUUCUCCUAUACUUGGGUGAUCUCAAAUGGAUUUCAGAGUUUUGGUCAAACUGUGGUGAGCAAAGAAGAAACUUCUACUGUCCGGUGGAGCACAUAGUCAUGGAGCUUAAAAGAUUGGUGUGUGGAAUUAGGGAGACUGGAAAAUUGUUUCUUAUGGGAAUUGCAACUUUCCAAACCUACAUGAAGUGCAAAACAGGCUAUCCUUCUCUUGAGACAAUUUGGGAACUUUAUCCUCUUACAAUCUCAGUCGACAGCUUGGGCCUCAGUCUUAACCUUGACAGUGACUCUCAGCCUCAGCAUAGGAACAAAGCAACUAUAGAUGGUAUUAGUUGGCCACUGCAUGAAGCUGGAGUAAAUAAGAACCAGACUUCCUUCACGGCUAGAUUGCUCAAUUUUGAUAAGGAGGCUCAAAGCACUGCAAGCAGUUUCCAAAAGAAGGAGUCCAUCACUGCAAUCGUCUCUUCCACUUCAAGUUUGCCUUCAUGGCUCCAAAACUACAAGGAAGAAAGCAAAACAAACGGUUCCCAUGAUAAGGAUUCAGUCGAUGUCAGGGAUCUGUACAGGAAAUGGAACUCAUUUGGAAGUUCAGCCAGCAAGGACCACGACAACACUGAGGAUGCUCUUAACAUUUCCCCAUUAUCUUCUUCUUCCCCAAAUUCAGCCUCCUCACAAGAGCGAAACGCAAACUUGCAUAAGACUAAUCUUAGGUGGCCAGUCAUUUUUGAACCUAAAAAGUCACCCAAAGAACACCAGUUUUGGGUAUCCGAGAGUGCAGACGAAGGGUAUGGUCUCCCCUUGAGAAAUGAUGCUAAGCCAGACCUCCUCUCAAAUCCCAACUCUAGCCCAAAUUCAGCUUCUUCAAGUGAGGCAAUUGAGGAGGAUAUUGAUGGCCUCAACGAGUUCAAGAUUCUUAAUGCUGAAAACCUGAGCAUUUUAUGCAAUGCAUUGGAGAAAAAGGUUCCACGGCAGAAGGAGAUGAUUCCUGAGAUUGUUAGCACCAUCCUUGAAUGCAGGUCAGGCGUGAGAAAUUCUAAAAGCUGGUUAAAGCACAGAGAGCUCAAGGAAGAAACUUGGCUAUUCUUCUUAGGUGUUGACUAUGAAGCAAAGAAGAAGAUUGCAAGGGAGUUAGCCAGACUCAUUUUCGGUUCUCAAAGCAACUUUGCCUCAAUAAGUCUGAGCAAUUUCUCAUCAACAAGGGCAGAUUCGAAUGAAGAAUCCAGCAACAAAAGGAAGAGAGAUGAGUCAGGGAGCAGUUAUCUUCAGAGAUUUGGUGAGGCAUUGAAUGAGAAUCCCCACCGUGUGUUCUUUAUGGAAGACUUGGAACAAGUUGAUUAUUGUUCUCAGAAAGGCAUUAAGCAAGCAAUUGAAGGCGGAAGGAUAACACUUUCAGAUGGUGAGACUGUUCCUCUAAAGGAUGCGAUUAUCAUUUUCAGCUGCGAAAGCUUUAGUUCAGUGUCAAGAGCUUGUUCUCCCAGGGGAAAGCCAACAAUGGUUGAGACAGAAGAGAAGGGAAACAGAAAGGAAGAUAUGGAGCAGCAAAACUCCUCUGUCUCUCUAGAUUUAAACAUCGCCAUUGAAGAUAAUAGUGCAGAUGAAAGUUCGGGUAUUGGUGGCAUUGGAAUUCUGGAAUAUGUGGAUAAACAAAUCAUUUUCAGAGUUCAGGAACUGUGACAUGAGAAGAACACUGAUUGACAGAUUCCAUAGAUGAGGCAAAAUUCUUUUUCCUUUCUUUUUUUUUUUUUAAAAGCUUUUUUCCCUUUUUUUGUUCCUUUUUUCUCUUAUUUUUUUUGUGUGAUAGAAUUAUGGGGAGGGCAAAAGAAAACAUCAAACUAACAUGGGUUUACAGUGAAAGGGGCUACAAUAUAUCAAGGGGGUGGAAUGAUAGAGAGUUAGCAACGUAGAGCUACUUUGUAUAAUUAUGUAUCUUUGAUCCUGUUAUUAAUAUAUAUAAUUAUGUAUCUUUGCUA